CCCCUUUCGGAGCAGCCGCGGGAGGGGCCGCUCCUCACCGGCGCCGGCGGCUCGCAGCAGCGCCCGCCAGACGACGCAGCGGUCCCCUUCGCCCGCAAUCAGGGCUGGCAGCGAUGCCGGGGCGGGGAAAAAGAGCCAACCUAAGACUUACUACCAUUAGCAGUGACGACAGCGACUAACGUGGACGACGGACUAAGCGUCUCACUUGGCUUCCACCCCUUACACCAGGGACCGGAAAUCCGGAUGCUGCAGAUCACGUGAUUGGACCCCCCCUUCCUGACUCUGGUGGCCGCUGCUCCGAGGAGGAGCGGGUGUCCGACCGACUCUGCUUCCUUAAGGCGUGGCUUCCAAGCUGGGGGAAAGGUUCAGUGGCUGGUGAGGGGGAGGUGGUGGAGGAGGAGGAGGAGGAGAUGGCGGCGACGGCGCGGGAAGAUGGCGUCCGCAACCUGGCGCAGGGGCCGCGGGGCUGCGAGCACUAUGACAGAGCUUGUCUCCUCAAGGCACCUUGUUGUGACAAGCUUUAUACCUGCCGGCUGUGUCACGAUACCAAUGAAGAUCAUCAGCUAGAUCGUUUCAAAGUCAAGGAAGUGCAGUGCAUCAACUGUGAAAAACUCCAACAUGCCCAGCAGACUUGUGAAGACUGUAGCACAUUGUUUGGAGAAUAUUACUGCAGUAUUUGCCACCUGUUUGACAAAGAUAAGAGGCAGUACCACUGUGAGAGCUGUGGGAUUUGUAGGAUUGGUCCAAAGGAAGAUUUUUUCCAUUGCUUGAAAUGUAAUUUAUGCCUAACCACGAAUCUUCGAGGAAAACACAAGUGUAUUGAAAAUGUUUCCCGGCAGAAUUGUCCAAUAUGCUUGGAGGACAUUCACACCUCCCGUGUUGUUGCUCACGUCUUGCCGUGUGGGCAUCUCCUACAUAGAACGUGUUAUGAAGAAAUGUUGAAAGAAGGUUACAGAUGCCCAUUGUGUAUGCAUUCUGCCUUAGACAUGACUCGGUACUGGAGACAACUAGAUACUGAGGUAGCACAGACUCCCAUGCCAUCCGAAUACCAGAACGUGACUGUUGACAUUCUCUGCAAUGACUGUAAUGGACGAUCCACAGUCCAGUUCCAUAUCUUAGGCAUGAAAUGUAAGCUUUGUGACUCCUACAAUACUGCCCAAGCUGGAGGCCGUAGAGUGCCAGUGGAUCAGCAGUGAGAAGCCUGUCCUUGGCUAGAGAACAGCUCUGUGAUGGAGAUGAAGCUCUGUAAAAGAUCCCAGUGUUCGUUCAUCUGCAUCAGAGAUGUUUCAUACCACUGUCACAACAGGGGGUCACAGCGUGAACACCUGAGGAUUCAAGAUCUCUGGAUGGAAAUGUAAUAGAGCUUACUGGGUGAUUGUAAUAGCGAUUACUGGGUGAAGCCUCUGAGCGUGUGUAGAUUGGAAAUUCCUUUAGUGUCAAGUUUUGAAGCCAAUGAUGUUAGUCCCAGAUAUAGUCACAUUCAUCGAAAUAUUUUAUAUUUUCAUGGAACUUUAAGUGAUACUAUGCACGCAGAGUUAAUUUCUUGUUCUUGAUAGAACUACAUUCAAUUUUAACUAGUCUUUGAUUUUAAGGGCUGUACUGUGAUUUUUAAGUUCUUAUUAAAAUCUAAUUACGUGUGCUUCUUAAUUUUCUUUUCUUUUCUCUCUCUCUCUCUCUCUCUCUCUCUCUCUCUCUCUCUCUCUCUCUUUUGGUUCUUCCAGACAGGGUCUCUCUGUGUAGCCCUGGCUGACCUGGAGCUCACUCUGUAGACCAGGCUGGCCUCGAACUCAGAAAUCUGCCUGCCUCUGCCUCUCAAGUGCUAGGAUUAAAGGCAUGUGCCACCACGCCCGGCUGCUUUUUAAUUUUCUAAGACAGUCCUUUGAAUACUAUAAUACAAUUUUAUGUAAUAAAUUACUAAUGAAAUUGUACUGAAAUACUGUUUUACAGACUUUUUUUCCCUCUAGGUUGUUAAUUUUUGGCUCUUGUGACAACAUAAGCCAUCAUAUAUAAAAGACAUUUUCCCUUUGA